AAUAUGUGGUGUGAAGCAAUGCAACAGUUGAUCCUCUCGAUAUUUAUAUUUUCGUGAGUGCACAUUUUGUAAGGUGCUAAAGUUUACCACAACACUUGUCAUUUUUCUAUCUCCCUUUGUAUGGACCGCAGCUCCUUGCUCUGAGAAUGGACGCAUUUUCUAGUUCGGGCUCGAAAUCUCGAAUCGAUGGGCAUGUUGGCCCGGUGUGCAUGGAACCAAAGGGUGGAGGAAGUAGCGGUUUGCGGGGUGGAGGGGAAGGGAUCAUGUUGUUCGGUGUGAGAGUUGUGGAGGGGGCGUCCUCGUUUAGGAAAAGUGCUAGCAUGAAUAAUCUGGCGCAAUAUGAGCAUGCGCAGGACUCGAAUUCGGAUGUUGUUGCGGCAGGGUAUGCUUCUGAUGAUGUUGUUCAUGCCUCCGGAGGCGGCCGUGAGCGGAAAAGAGGAGUGGCGUGGACAGAGGAGGAGCAUAGACUAUUCUUGAUGGGAUUGCAGAGAGUGGGAAAAGGAGAUUGGAGAGGAAUAUCAAGGAAUUUUGUUAAGACAAGAACACCAACUCAAGUUGCAAGUCAUGCUCAGAAGUAUUUUCUCCGGAGAAACAAUCAUAAUAGGCGUCGCCGUCGAUCUAGUCUUUUCGACAUCACCACUCAAGACACGUAUAUGUGCAACAAAACCGAAGAUUAUCCAGCAGCUUUGCCGUUAUCAAGAGACGCCUCUAUGGAAAAUCUAACACUCCGACAAGCUAAAUUUAUCCGUCCAAUACCCAAAUUUCCGAUCCCUCCAUCUUCGAAAAUGGCAGACCUCAGCUUAAACAACACAUCAACUCCAGUGCAGCAGCCAGAGCAAAUGCUACCUCUGAAUAUCAAUCUGUCUAUAGACUCGCCAGGAUCAUCGUCUUCCAGCAAGCAGCUGCCUGCGACUGCAGGACAGGUGCCAAAUUUUCAGGAAAUGCCCGGUAGCUUUAGUAGCAAUAAUGGAGAUAACAAUAUCAUUAGUGUUGCAUGAUCAAGUUUAUGAUAAUCUUUACUAUUAUGUUGAAGUUAUUUGGAACUAAGAGUAAAUUAACUAGGUUGGAAUAGACUUCUAAGAUUAGCUAGGUUAUGUAAUUCAUUAGGUGAUUCCUUAUAUAGAUGGUUGUACAUUAAUUAGUGAUCUAUAAAAGUUGUUUGUGUGUCAA